GUGGGCAAGUACGGUGGCCGGAAGGGCUCUCGGCGGUCCUGUUGUUGGCGGGAGAUUUCAACAUGGCGGCUUCGAUGAACUCUUCCUCUUCGUCCUCGUUUUCUUCCUCCUCCUUCCCCUCCUUGUCCUCCUCGUCCUCCAAUUCCCCGCGCGAGGGCUGCUGGCCCGAGGGCUCCACCGCCGAGAGCGGCUUCGUCCGCGCCGUCCUGGCCCUGCCUGAGAAGCCCAGCACCACCAUCCGCUUCUUCGAGCGGGGCGACUACUACACCGUCCACGGCAGCGACGCCGUCCUGGCCGCCAGAGAGGUCUUCAAGACCAAGGCCGUCAUCCGCAUCCUGGGCUCAGGAAGCCGGAAACUGGAGAGUGUUGCCCUUAGCAAGAUGAAUUUUGAAUCCUUUUUGAGGGAUCUGCUUCUGGUGCGUCAAUAUAGGGCUCAGGUGUACAAGAACAAAGCCGGAAAUAAAUCCACCAAAGAGAGUGAAUGGUAUCUGGCGUACAAGGGUUCUCCAGGGAAUCUUGCCCAAUUUGAGGAUAUUCUGUUUGGCAACCAUGAGAUGUCAUCAUCUGUUGGUGUUAUGGGCAUUAAGCUAAUGUCAGCUGACGGACAAAAAGUUGUUGGAGUUGGGUUUGUGGAUACUUUAGUGAGAAAGCUAGAAGUGUGCGAGUUUCCAGAUAAUGAUCAGUUUUCAAACCUAGAAGCUCUGCUAGUCCAGAUGGGACCAAAGGAGUGUGUGCUACCUCUUGGAGAGACCGGUGGAGAUAUGGAGAAACUGAGACAGGUGGUUCAGAGAGGAGGAAUUCUGAUCACAGACAGGAAAAAAAGUGAAUUUUCAACAAAAGACAUUGUUCAAGAUCUUAACCGUUUGCUGAGAUCAAAAAAGAAAGAGCGUGUGUCUAGUGCUACGUUGCCUGAGAUGGACAAACAGGUUGCCAUCUCUUCCUUGGCUGCAGUGAUGAAGUAUUUAGAGCUCUUAACAGAUGACUCUAAUUUUGGGCAGUUUGAACUUUCCACUUUUGACCUCAAUCAGUACAUGACACUGGAUCAUGCUGCUUUCAGAGCCCUUAACCUUUUCCAGGGUUCAACAGAAAACACCCAAGGUACACAAUCUCUGGCUGGAUUGUUAAAUAAGUGCAAAACACCUCAAGGACAGAGGCUGGUGAAUCAGUGGAUCAAACAGCCCCUCAUGGACAAGAACAAAAUAGAGGAAAGGCUAAAUUUGGUUGAAGCCUUUAUAGAAGAUGCAGAGCUAAGACAGUCUCUUCAAGAAGACCUCCUCCGUCGCUUCCCAGACUUCAGUCGGAUAGCAAAAAAAUUUCAGAAGAAGGCAACUUUGCAGGAUUGUUACAAAAUAUACCAGGCUAUUAAUCAGAUACCUAAUAUGAUACAAGCACUAGGCAAAACUGAUGGGAACCAUGAUGUGCUGUUGGAAGCAGUGUUCAUGAAGCCUCUUAAGGAGCUACACUCGGAUUUCUCUAAUUUCCAAAUGAUGAUUGAUGAAACUUUGGACAUGAAUACGGUGGAGAGCCAUGAAUAUCUUGUGAAAUCUUCAAUUGAUCCAAAUCUCGCUGAGCUAAGGGAGAAUAUGGACAAGUUAGAGGGGAAAAUGCAGGGUGUGCUGAAGACUGCAGCCAAAGAGCUGAGUCUGGAACCUGGGAAGAGCAUCAAAUUAGAAUGCAAUGCACAAUAUGGGCAUUUCUUUCGAAUUACCUACAGAGAGGAGAAGGUUCUGCGAAACAAUCUCAAAUAUAAGAUCUUGGAAACACAGAAGAAUGGGGUGAAGUUCUCCAAUAGUGCACUGAAAGAGAUAAAUGAGGAAUACAUAAAGAAUAGAAAGGAGUAUGAAGAAAUGCAGGAUGUUGUCGUUAAAGAAAUCAUCAGUGUUGCAUCAGGUUACAAAGAGCCUAUACAGCACCUGAACGAUGUCAUAGCCCAGCUGGAUGCUGUGGUCAGCUUUGCUCAUGCCUCCAAUACAGCACCAACGCCAUAUGUGCGUCCAACAAUUUUGGAAAAGGGGGAAGGGCAGAUUGUGCUGAAAGCUGCGAGACACCCCUGCAUCGAAGUCCAAGAUGAUGUUGCCUUCAUCCCCAACGAUGUGACCUUUGAAAAGGGCAAGCAGAUGUUCCAUAUCAUUACUGGCCCAAACAUGGGAGGGAAGUCAACCUACAUCCGUCAAACUGGUGUCAUUGUUCUUAUGGCCCAGAUUGGAUGUUUUGUGCCUUGCGACUCUGCAGAGGUGACAAUUGUCGAUUGCAUCCUUGCUCGAGUAGGGGCUGGAGAUAGUCAGCUGAAAGGUGUGUCUACCUUCAUGGCAGAAAUGUUGGAGACAUCUUCCAUCAUCAGAACUGCAACAGAAAACUCACUUAUAAUCAUUGAUGAACUGGGAAGAGGAACAUCUACAUAUGAUGGGUUUGGAUUGGCAUGGGCAAUCUCAGAAUAUAUUGCCACCAAAAUUGGAGCCUUUUGCAUGUUUGCCACUCACUUCCAUGAACUGACAGCACUAGCUGACCAGGUUCCAAUCGUGAAUAACUUGCAUGUCACAGCAUUAACCACAGAGGAGACUCUCACAAUGUUGUACCGUGUGAAAAAAGGGGCUUGUGAUCAGAGUUUUGGUAUCCAUGUAGCAGAGCUGGCUGCAUUUCCCAAACGUGUGCUAGACAAUGCCAAAGCAAAGGCUCUGGAGUUAGAGGAAUUCCAGAAUAUUGGAAAGCCUGAAGAGAAGGAGGAUGAGGACGAUGAAGAACCAGCAGCCAAGAAACGCUACAGAGAAAAGGAGGAAGGUGAAAAAAUAAUCCAGGAUUUCCUUUCCAAAGUAAAAGCAAUGCCACUGGCAGACAUGUCUGAAACAGACAUCCAGACCAAACUGAAAGAGCUAAAAGAUGAGGUUGUAGCAAGAAACAAUAGUUUUGUAAACGAAAUACUUUCCCGAACAAAAGUUGUGUCAUAAUGUGAAAGAAUUACACUAGAAGCUACUUGAACUUGGGCUUUUGGGGUCAGAAAUACAUGUCACACUCAAAAAGAAGCUGUUGCCAAAAGCAGUGGUAUGUGUCAUCUGUCUUUUCCCCUCUAGCAUAAGGCAAGGCACAUGUUGUGACAAUGCCACAUUGCAGAUUUUUCUACCCACACAAGUGACAGAGUUGAGGUCUGCAGAAAUUUACAACACCACAUCAUAUGUUUUGACUAUCUAGAGUGAGUUGUUGUAGGACUAGUAGUUUUGGUGCUGGUCAUGUGCUGUCUGUAGUACUGGUCUCCACAGAAGCAACAACUGUUCUCCUGUUUUGCUUUGUAAUCUUUUGCACCAGUCACUGAAAUGACUCUUGUUUCAGUUUGACUUUUCACUUGUAGAUGUUUGUUACAUCAAUUGAAAUGUUUUCUGCUUUAUAUCUGACUUUGGAAUAAACCAUGUCCAUCCAC